AUGAUAUUGCGAACAUAUAGAUGUGGUGUUAUUUGUUAUUUCUGUCCAAUAAUUCCUAUCUGUUCCUCUUUCAGAACGUUAAACUUUACCAACUCCUGCCACGUUAGAUCACUAGUCACAUAUUCGACUAGUGCAACUAACUUAGCCAAUAGUAAUAAUAGAAUCAUGAGUGAUGCUAAAUUUAUAGACAUAGGGGCAAAUCUUCAAGACCCUAUGUUCAGUGGCUUUUACAACGGCAAGAAAAAGCACGAGUUGGAUAUCCAUAGAGUUCUAGAGAGAGCCAAGGGAAAUGGAGUUGAAAAAAUUAUCAUCACGUCUGGCUCUCUAAAUGAUUUAAGGAAUGCACUAGAUAUUUGUAACACAUUUGAUAAAAAUGGCGGGUUUUUGUAUACAACUGUGGGUGUCCAUCCCUGUAUGUGCAUGGAGUUUGUUCCAAAAGUGGGAAAUGAAGAUAAAAAUAUUAAUGAUGAGUCCUUUGCCAAAAAAUAUUUGGAUGAAUUAAUCAAUUUGACUAAAGAUAACAUUAAUCGCGUUGUAGCUGUUGGCGAAUUUGGAUUAGAUUUUGAUCGCCUCGGAUAUUGCGACAAAGAAAUCCAACUAAAAUUUUUUGAUUACCAGAUGCAGCUGCUAAAUGAGUUCCAAUUGCCAUUAUUUUUACACAUGAGAAAUGCUACAGAUGAGACAAUUGGUAUACUGAAAAAGCAUCGUGAUAAAUGGGAAACGGUAGGGGGAGUUUGCCACAGUUUUACUGGUACUCGCGAAUGUUUGCAGAAAGUGUUGGACUUGGGUUUGUACGUGGGUGUCAAUGGCUGCUCUCUCAAAACUAUGGAAAACCUGGAUAAUGUUAAAAGGAUACCCCUAGAUAAACUCCUUUUUGAAACUGAUUCCCCCUGGUGCGGGAUAAAGAAGAGUCAUGCCAGUUAUGAGAGUAUCAAAACCAAAUAUGAUAGCGUAAAUAAGGCACAUCUGGUGGACCAGUGCCCAAAUUGUACUCUUAGCAUCAGAAACGAACCAUGCAACAUGAGGCAAGUUGCCGAGGUCGUUCACUCAAUUGGGCAAUUCAAUAUGAAUUUCACUCAGCUGUGCAACAAAGUGCGAGAUAACACGCUUAAACUAUUUACAUGUAUACAAUAA